AUGGGUUUCACCGACUUCGUCUCCGAUGCUGGCUUGACUCUGCUCAACACCUGGCUGGCAAGCCGUAGUUACAUCAUCGGACAUGCACCUACUCAAGCCGAUGUGAAGGUCUUCGAGGCCUUCAAGGAAAAGCCCGCAGUUGAGAAGUACCCUCACGCCGCCCGCUGGUAUAAGCACAUCGCCACGUACGAGUCUGAGUUUACUUCGCUGCCAGGCGACCCAUCCAAGGCUGCAACUGCGUACGGCCCCGAGGUUUCCACCCUGCCCAUCCAGCCCAAGGCUCCCGCUGAUGAUGCGGCUGCUGCUGAGGAUGAUGAUGAGGUUGAUCUCUUUGGCAGCGAGUCUGAAGAAGAUGAGGAGAAGCAAGCAGAGACUGCUCGCAGAUUAGAGGAGUACAAGAAGAAGAAGGAAGGCAAGACCAAGCCUGCUGCCAAGUCGAUCGUUACAAUGGAAGUCAAGCCAUGGGAUGAUGAGACCGAUCUGAAAGCCAUGGAGGCGGCAGUGCGAGCCAUCGAACAGGAUGGACUCGUCUGGGGUGGGAGCAAACUUCAACCCGUCGGCUUCGGUAUUUUCAAGCUCCAAAUCAACUUGGUCGUGGAGGACGAGAAGGUUUCUCUUGAAGACCUCCAGGAGAGUAUCUCCGAGCUCGAGGACUACGUCCAGUCCACCGAUGUUAUUGCCAUGCAGAAAUUGUAG